AUGGCUCCGAAAUCAUUACUUCGGCUCCUGGCGCUCGCCCCAGGAAUCGCCACUGCCCUACAGACGCUAAAUGGUUUUGAUUCCCCUUCCAAGGAGUAUCGCGCGAAGUUUAGAUAUUGGUUCCACGAUGCAAGCCUCGACCACGAAAUUCUCGCCGAGGAUAUACGUGCGCUUCAGCAAAUAGGGGCUGGCGGCCUGGAAAUCGUGCCCUUCUAUAACUAUGGAUUUGGCGGACCGGGACAGGAGAGAUGGGACGAGUUUGGGUUCGGGACGCCUGCGUUUAAGGACGUCCUCGUCACAGCCCUGGAGACUUGCAAGGAGUAUAAUCUCGUUAUGGACUUUGCCAUCGGUGCUAGCCAGGGUCAGGGCGUACCAGUCGAGCCACUAACCCCUGGCCUAGCCGUACAGCUUAUGUACGGGAAAGCCACUGUGCGAGGUGGUGCCACCUUUGAAGGUGCCCUCCCUGGCCCUAUCAUUGACUGGAACGAAGUUCCUGGCUUCAUGCAGCCACAAGAAAAGUUCGGCGACAGUCGGCUAGUUGGAGUUUCAGCCGCGGGUGUCAAGUCCGGGGCUGGUCUGAAUAAUACCCAGCGCGAGAUCGUGCUCGAUGAGGCCUCCCUACUUGAUCUCACGGAGAGUGUGGCUGAGGGGAGGCUUGUAUGGACGGCACCAUCUGAUCAUGAAGAGUACAUCGUUUUUGCGCUGUAUGAACGAUUCACGAACCAACGCUCCUGCAAGGGCAUACCGGCUGAUACUAUUGCGAACGGGUCGUGGGUUACAGAUCACUUUAGCUCUGCGGGCUCAAAGCUUGUGACCAAAUUCUGGAACGACCACCUCUUGGACGGUCAGGUGCGCGACCUCUUGAAGGCAGUCGGGCAGCAUUCUUGGGAAGACAGCAUGGAAAUACAGGCGUCGCUCUAUUGGACACCCGACUUUAUUGAGCGUUUCAAGUCUGCCAGAGGUUACGAUCCGACAAAGUAUCUCCCUCUUUUAUUCCAUUCUUCCACUGCUUUCCAUGGUAACAUGGCCCCGUACGACGUCACUUACGUUCUCGAGCUGGAGAACGCUGGCCAGUCCAAGUACCACCAAGACUAUCGUCUGACUCUGAACGAGGGGCUUAUGGAGUACCUGCAGUCCUUGGACGAGUGGGCUUUGUCCCUAGGUGUUUCUCACUCGGCGCAAGUGGCUUAUAAUAUGCCAGUCGAUGUGCUAGCUACUGUCCCAUCCGUCUCUGGCCCGGAACUCGAAUCUCUAGGUUUCACCGACAUCGAUAUCAUGCUACAGUUCGUCGGCUCCGCCCAUCUAUCGGGCCGGAAUGUCGUCUCUACCGAAGUCGGCGCGGUGCCUAGCGGCGCCUACUCUUUGACUCUCCCAUCCCUCGUCUAUCUCUUCACUGAAGCUUUUGCCGGAGGCGUUAAUAUGAUGCUUAUUCACGGUAUGUCGUACGGCGGCGAGUUUCCUAACACCACCUGGCCGGGCUACACGCCGUUUCAGUAUAGAUUUACCGAGCUCUGGAGCCCAAGGCAGCCAGCGUGGGACUUUAUGAGCGAUAUCAUGGAGUACACGGCUAGGAACCAGCUCGUACUACAGACAGGUGUAGCCAAAAGGGAUCUCGCAUUCUACCUGUUCCAGGACCCAUGGAUGACUUCUAUCAAGAAGGAGGCAGGAGACAUUCGAUCCAGAGGAUUCACAUACGAGUACCUCUCGCCAUUUAACCUGGCGACAGAGAAUGCCACAGUCUCUGACAGCGUUCUGGCCUCCUCUGGCCCCGCCUAUAAAGCCCUUGUGAUCGAGAAUCAGUUCCAUAUUAGCCCCGACGCAUCACAAAAGCUGGUCGACUUUGCUGAGGCCGGCCUCCCGAUCGUCGUUAUUGGUGGUCUCCCUAAUACCACAAUCGGUUCUUCAGGCCAGGAUGUUGUAUCAGAGAAUAUUGCCUCGCUCGGGUCAUCUCAUUAUACCAACGUCAGGUUCAUAGAGAACGAAGACGAACUGGUCCAGGUCUUGGACGAUCUUCACGUUACGCCUCGUGUCUCUGUCGAAGCUUCAGAGCCCGCUGCUGCUGCUGCGGACUUGUACACGCUGUGGAGAUCUGAUGCAAAUGCUGAUUAUGUCUUCUUAUACAACAAAGGCUCACCUGCAACGUUCGGCCUGACAUUUGCAGUUGGGAAGGACAGCGUGCCAGCCUCGUUGAAUGCUUGGACAGGAGAGCAAGAGCUUAUCAUGGCUUUCAACCGGUAUGAAUCUGGCGUCAACUUGAACCUAACACUUCAGCAACAUCAAACAGCCCUAAUCGCAUUCAUACCUGGAGAAGCGCGGCCUUAUGUCACUUCGCACACAGUCAACGUUGUUAAGAUCCAUGACGGUCCAGAUGGACGACUCUCGGUUCUGAUUAACGAACCUAAAGCAGCGAAGUUAAUUCACUCAGAUAAGACGACCGAACUGAUCCCUGAGCUUACGCAGAAGCCAGAUGUCAGACUUCCAAACUUCGAAAUCGGUCCUUGGAAUUUGACUCUCGAGUCUUGGGUGCCCGUCGAUGACCCCUCCGACACGCAUUCAGCAAAGAAGACACUGCAUCUCGGUCCCCAGGCUCAACUUCGGCCGUGGUCGGAUUUUCCGGCUAUACAGAAUGUGUCAGGCGUCGGCACUUACUCGGCGUCCUUCAUCGUUCCAACCUUGUGCUAUCUGCCCUAUGAUCAGACAGCCACGAUAAUCAAUUUCGGCCAAGUCCUCAACACGUUAAGAGUCUGGAUUAAUGGACAGCAGUUACCCGCAGUAGACAUUACAGAUGCGGAGCUUGACGUAUCUAAUUACGUGGUUCAAGGCGAGAACUCGAUCGAAGUCGUUGUUUCAAGCACCCUAUUCAACGCGGUCAAGGCACGGGCGGACUCGGUCAAAAUGUUCGGUACAGGGCCCUUAGAUAUUGAGCUCUAUACCAACACUGACUGGCAACCUCAUGGACUGGUCGGGCCAGUGCGGCUGACCAUCCUACGCAAGGUCCUGGUCUAG